AUGUUCAGGAAAGUGUUGAAUAGUAGAGGGAUAUUAAAGUUUCAGAAGGUGGCGAAUAAUAGGAACUUGCAUCAGAGUUUCAGGGUAUUGAAUGCUAACCCCUUUUUAUACACUAAUGAGUUUUCUGCAUUAGAAUCCAAGAUCGAUAAGCAUUUGUUAAAGAAUGAUGGAAUAAUAUUGCAGGAAACGGUAAUCGAUGCUAUUAAGGCAUGUCAGCAUGUCCAACAAUCUAUUUAUGACUAUGAUAAAUUCUGGGAAGAUCCAACCAAUAUAAAAAUUAACGAUAAAAUUCAGGAAAUAUUGAGUAAUGAAAAAGUGGAAUUCAAUAAAGAGUUAUUGACUAAAAUUUUCUUGUUGAAGCUUCCUAUCGUAACAUACGUUCAAGUUAUCGAAACUUUUUAUAAGAGAAACCCUACGGCAUAUAUCGAUAAAUCGAUCGCGUUGAUACCAUUCCGUUAUUGCUUAUUUAACGGUGACUUACAGAAUGCAUUGAAAAUAACUGAUUUGACUACUGGCCAUAAAAACUAUAUAGAUCAGAAAAAUAAGCAGCUCAGGUCUGGUGUUAUUAAAUUUGCCAGUUCAGCUAUCGGUAUCACGCUUUUUUCCAAAAUUGGGGUUCAAGAAAUAAUUGAAUGGGGAUAUUUAUCUGAUAGUUGGAGACACUUAAGUUCGAUCAAUGCCAUGAUAUUAACAUACUUCUUAAAUUCCUCGUUUUUCGUUACGAUUGUCAGAUUUGGAAGGCAAUUGAUUGCAGGAGGAGGAAAUUAUUUGACUUGGCAAAAGGGAACUUUCUAUACGCAUUGGUUCAGACAUGCUGAUGAAUUAUCGAUGUGUACCAAGAUAGUUGAAGCUGACCUUGCAAUGAAUGGAGGAGGACCAUCUGGUGGUGAGUCUAGUCCUGAAUUAAUUGAAGAAUUAUGUCGUACUGAAGAUGAGCUUUACGAGAGACAUACAUUACAACCAGGCUAUACUAGAGAUGGCAAAAAGAUUAGGUUAAUGGAAGCCAAAGAUAACUUGGAUGAUAUAAAGAUGCAAGCCUAUUGGAUGAGUGGUGGUGACGGGUUCGAAUGGGUCGAACCUGAUCAAGAUCCUGCCGAUUUAAUUUGGAAACAACAUUUAGCCAAAUUUGACAAGCCUAUGUUAAAUACAGAUAAUUCUACAAAAAACUUAAAAUGGGCUGAAGAAUUAAUUGAAGAAAAGUAG